CCAGGAAACUUCGUAAGAACAGACCUUAUCCUCGGGAUAAAAGGUCAUGCCGUGGAUUGCACGUGGACAAUGUCUGAUGAAAGAUGGUUACUCAGUCUAAGUAACAUUAUUCACAAGCUACCACAAAAAACACCCAGAUGCCAUGGAAGGCCAGAAAUGAAGGUCAAGAAACCAACAGUGAUAAAAACACGGGUCUCUAAAUCAAAGAGAAGCAGAAACCGCUGCGCAGCACCGUUUCCGGCCCUAGGAACGUGGCAGGGUCGAAAAGGAGGCCAGGGGCGCCGGUGCGCGCGAGAAUGGAAGAAAAAUAUAUGCCAACAAAUAUCCGGUCAACCGGUUUCCCCCCAAAAAAAUACUCGAAACAAAGUCCAGUGCCUAUACAUAAAUGUCCUGAUGCUUGCCCCCGCAAACAAGGCUAAACCCGUGGCGCGGCGGAACCGGUGCGCUCGCGGCGGUCCAUCCAAGACAUUAAUAUUAACCUGGGUGUUCUUGACGGUAGAAGAGAAAUAG